AAAAUAACUGUGGCGAACCUUUGGACUCUCCGCAACCGUCCAUAUUGAAAUGUGACCGAUUUGAAAUGCACAUUUUUUGGAUAGUGAUUUUACGCGCGUCUUUUUUUUAGUGAUUUUGUCUGAUGAUGGUCGGUUGCUGAUUUCAGAGGGAAACCGAAAAUUCAUGGAUUAUUGUAAGAUGUCUGUCAGAUGGAUUUAUGCUGUUUUGGCGUGGUUGCUGAUAGCGACCAGGGAAGGCGCCGCAUAUAUGUCAGGUUUCGACCCCGUUACCGAUUUAUCGUCUUCGGCACUGGAGGCAACUGACGAAGUCAGUUUGGAGGUCCCACUGACUGAACCUUUUCCAUUUUACAAUAGGAAAUAUGACAGCAUUUUCGUAAACGAUGAUGGUAUCCUAACACUAGGAGCACCGCUACCCGCCUCAUUGCCUGGCCCCGUUGCGCUCCCCAUGGGAGAUGUGGACUUCUCAGGAGACGCCAACUUGGACAGGGAGAAGGCAGUGGUGAUAGCGCCCCUGUGGAGCGAGGUCAACACGGCAGACUCAUCCAGCGCAGGGACCGUCUACUACCGAGUCGGCUUGACCAGGAACAGCCAGGCAGUGCAGAACGCUGAAACCAUGGUCAAGUCAUGCUACAUCAACCAGGAGGGCUUCACUGCGACAGCUGGUGCAGUGUUCACAUGGGAUAAGGUCUCAGACGUGCCGGAUGGCAAUGUGCAGCCAAAUAGCUUUCAGGCUAUACUCGUCUACGACUCGCUGCGUUCCUUUGUCAUAUUCUACUACAGUGAGCUGAACUACCUCAGUUCUACGGUGACUGGCGGAACUCAAGUGGGUUUCAAUGCUGGUGAUGUCUGGGGAGGGUUUUCAUAUCCGUACCCAAACAACGACUUCCAGAAGCUAGUGGAUAACACCAACUGUGAAGCUGCCAAUGAGAACGGUGCCUACGUGUUCCGAGUGGAUACGGAGAUCAUGACCAGUCCUGGCUGCAGUGUCAAUCAAGGGUUUUAUGCUUCGCAAGUGUGGCCCACCUCGGGCCCCAUGAUGGGCGGCAACAGAAUCAGCCUCGCCCCAACCUGCGGCCUGGGCGUCACCACGGCUAACUGCGUCUUCAAGCAAGGAGACACCGUGCUUCAGGUCGCGACGGAGCAGCAGAUCGUCGGGACUGUGCUGGUCUGCAUCCCCAGCCCGUUCUUCGUAACUGGGGACGUGUCCAUUUUGGUUUAUAGGAUCGGUGACGAUACCGAUGUUCCCGACGAUGCCGUCUAUACGCACAAGUACACAGUCGAACACCCGGACGACAGUACAGUCACCGUCGACCGCGCCUCCUCGACAUCCUCUUCCUGGACAACAGCUGGCUCACCGCUGACCAUCACCUGGCUCCAGAGUCUCUUCAAUAAGCCGUCGACGCUACCAACUACAGCCAAUCCAGGUGCCGAAAACCUGCGAAUCUCGGUCAUGCAGUACGACGAGGCUGUGGCCAACCAGGAGCCGACCUGGAAGGAUGUCUACGAUCUUGGGACGAACAUCCCGAACACGGGGAGGUUCUCCUUUACCCCGGGACCCCUGGAGAACAUCACGCAGGACAACCCAUGGGGAGUAAUCCGUGUGCAGCGAAUGGACGGAUACCCAGUGGCACUGUACAGUGAUGCCCAUAUGCUAGGAUACCUGCUUGACCAGGAUUAUCAGGACGACCCGACACAGUGGGCUGAUGCCGAGUGUAAAAGAUGGGACGUUGAGGAGGACAAGUCCAACGACAACGACGAUCUGCCGUCCUAUCUAGCCAACGUGCCGCCGUGUCCAUGCACGUUGGAGCAGGCGCUGAUCGACACCAGCCACUUCAUGCGGCAGCGGGGAGGCUGUGCGAUCAACGCCGACUACCAGUCCUGUACAAGGCAAGGGGACAGCAGAAGGACAUGCUUCAUGAGCGUAGGUUCAGCUUCAGGUGCCGAAUGUUGUUACGACGUUGACAACAGUAACCUAGUCUUCUCUCUGGACGACCGAACGGGCGGCUCCUCGGACAAAGCGGCUAUGUUGGGAGUUCCCCCUUACGGCCUACCGGGCCGCACCCCGUACUUUUCCCACUGGACGGUGGAUGUCAUGCCGUACCAGGUGUGCUGCCGUUGGGGCGACGACGACGCUUGCCGGCUGUACCUGGAGAACCGACGGCCCAAGGGCUGCGCCGAUUACGGCGAGCGACAGUCGGGUUUUAUCUUUGGCGAUCCCCAUUUUAUCACCUUUGAUCAAAGGCGCUACACCUUCAACGGCAUUGGAGAGUACCGGAUGAUGGAGGUCAGCGGCCCGGAAUUCAAGUUGUUUGGCCGCACCACGGUGGCCACCGACAAUUUAAAGGAAGAUGCCCCAGUUGCGAGCUUCCUGAACGCCGUCGUGAUGCAAGAGACCGGAAGUGACAUCGUCCACGUCGAGCUGGGUAAUCUGCGAUCACUGAACCUCUACGUCCACCAGGGAAAUGCCUUCACACAGCCCGACCUGUUCUUGAAUACUGACAUCGAAUAUGACCCGCUGUAUCUAAAAGGGGUCACCGUGUUUGUCAAUUCGCAAUUCAGCCGGAUCCUGGUUGCCUUUCAAACAUCCAAGAUACUCGUCGACGUGGCCGCGUGGACUCAGGGCAUAUCGGCCGAGGUCAUUGCGCUCAAGACGGACUUUCCCGCCUCUGCAAUAGUGACUGGUCUGCUGGGUGACAUGGACAAUGAUCCGGAUAAUGAUAUCAGACAGGUCAAUAAUGCCGUCUAUACCGGGGACGAUCCACAGCAAAUAUUCGAUGUCGUGAAAGAAUGGGUCACCACGAGCGCAAGUGAACCCUCUUUCCACUAUGACGGGAAAACGAAGCACAAGAACUACCAGAACACAACAUUUGUGCCCGUCCUCGUGACACCCGACUCUAGCACCCUGGACCCAGCGAUAGCACCACUGCUCGAGACCACGUGUAAGGGUCUGGAGGAGUGCAUCUACGAUAUGUCUGUCACCCAGACCGUGGUGGCCGGGCAGAACUGCUACACGGAAAAUCUGGAGUAUGAGGAACGGCGUGACCAAGUCCUGGCAAAAAUCGAGACCUGUGCGUACAUACCGAGUCCUGCGAAGGGGAAGGUCGAGUACUCAAAUCCGAGCGAGAAAUACGCCGUGGGAACCUCCAUCACUUUCUCCUGUGUCGACACUAAAUCCAUCCUGAUUGGACCUUCAACCCGUACCUGCGAGACAAGCGAGAGCGGUCCUACCUGGUCGGACGCAACCAUGCCCGAGUGCUCAGAAACAAACUGCAACACUGACGAAGUGGGUGGAGCCGACGUCAUCAGCACGAGCUACGUGGAUGGCAAUCUGCAGGUCGUCUUCGGCUGUCCGGGCACAUCAGUGCGUUACACGCUGACCUGCAUAGGGGGCAGCUGGGAAGGCGCCAGGAUCGACUGCUUGGAUGACGGUAGUCGCGGUAGGACCAUUGGAAUCAGCAUCGGUCUAGUCCUGGCGGUUCUCGUCUGUCUGGGCGCCAUAUUGUGCGGCAUCAUGUGCUACAAGAGAAAACCGCGAGGGUGGUCACCCUGGUCGAGACAAUCGUAUGACGUCGUGGCAAUGACCGAGAAUCUGGGCAUCGAGAAGGCAGAGGUCGGGGAAACAACUAUCGCCGACCCCGAGGCUGCGCAUCGGUCGAAAUCCGCCUCAGGUGCACCGGCUGACGGCCCGGAGGCCCCCAUGCCGGACGUGGUUGCGCGCGGUGCUGGUGACGCCGGCACUGAUGACAAUCCGGCCGGGAUCUGGCAGGGGCCGGACGUCAAUUCAACGCAAGGAUAUGACGAGCCCGAUGACCUGGCCAAUGACUCCGCUGAUGACAAGCCAACAAUGUCAGAUGGCCAGAAGGUACCGGCGGAGGGCGCCAGUGCCAAGCCUACCCCUCCCACCAAACCGUCCAGAAAGGACCGGCCGGCCUCCCGGAUCGGUGCCGGUAACACACAACAGGGAAUGAGCAAGGGAGCCAGACCAGGCCAGGAGGAGGGCGACAUGCCUUCUUGGAGCGAUGGCGGAGAUAUUGCCGAUCUCGGAGAUGACAAACCUCCCGUAAGGGAAUUAUUCAUCUGAGUCAAGAUGAAUUUCGGGUACAAACCAUAAGUCCUGACUUGCAGCUUCAACGGUAAGCAAAUCCGAAACAAACAUGCAAACCCACCCAAUACCUAUUUUGACAAAGAACAAACAGCCCACAACUUAAAAAUAACCCAUAUUAUUCGUUAUUUCUUAUCUAUGUCUGAGGGAACUUCGCUUGAAAACAUUUGACAAGAACAAGUACUGGACGAGUCUGUAAUAACCGUACUAUAUAACUAUCUAUCGAACUUUUCUUUGGUUUUAUAAGACUUUUAAGGUUUUUGUCAUAUCAAACAUAAAGUGUUUGCAUUAAAAAAAAAAAUAAAAAAAUACUGAUGUGACUGCACUGUUUGAAAUGCAGUCACAUCAGUACGCGGUUUCAAUAAAUUUGGGGCCGUGGUCAGAUUCUUUUUAUUGUGUGUUCUUUGCUAGUGCUUUUCUUCAG